UAUUCACAUCACACUCUAUAUAAUGUGCUUGAGCUCUCACUCCAUUUGCUUCAAUCAACUCAAGUAGCAUGAAGAAACCUCCCUUUUUUCUUCUUCUCAUUUUGCUACUUGAAAUAAUUUCUGUUGAAUCCCAAAGUCCAGCACUCUUGAAAUAUGUGCUUCAAUGGCCACCUACUUUCUGUAUUAAACUGAAUUAUCAGGAAGAAGGUAGGUGCAAAGAACCAAUUCCUGAACAUGAAUUCACACUCCAUGGCCUUAUGCCUGCAGAUGAAGAAGGAAAUAGCAUUGAAUGCGACCCCGGCGAAGACCCAAAUUGGGAUGAACUGUUUGAACCAAUUGAAGAUGAACUUGUAACAUUCUGGCCAUCACUUAGAGAAGACUGGAACGAAAGGGACUUAUGGGCGCACGAGUGGCGCGCCCAUGGAGCAUGUGGAGGAACAACACCACAAGAAUACUUUGACAAAGCAAUAGAGAUCAACUACAUGCCUGAACAAGGCAACUUGUUCAAUUACUUUGAAACAAGUGGGAUUAUUGCAAGUGAUAGCUUGGCUUAUCCGAAAGAAUAUAUUGUGGAGGCUGUCCAAAAGGUGUUCAAUGAGCGUACUCUAAUUCGUCGUCGUCCUCCUGUUCGUCCUCCUCCUCGUCCUCGUUCUCCUCCACCUCCUCGUCCUCGUUCUCCUCCACCUCCUCGUUCUCCCCCACCUCCUCCUCGUAGUCCGCCUCCUCCUCCUCCUAGCCCUCCUCCACCUAGUCCGCCGCCUCCUUCUCCAAGUCCGCCUCCACCUAGUCCACCUCCUCCUUCUCCACCCCUUAAUAUUUACCUCACAUGUAUUCCAAUUAAUCCAGAAAACACUACUCACGUUUACUUGAAUGAGGUUACCUUGUGCACUAAUCUGGAUGGCACUGAAUACAUUUCAUGUCCUUCAGAAGCUGCUCCAACAAGCUGCCCUGAUGAAGCUCUGAUUAUGCUCCCUCAUCCACAAGCUCAAGGGCCUGAGGAUCCACCUGAGGAUCCGCCUGAGGAUCCGCCUGAGGAUCCACCUGAGGAUAUCUGGAAGACACGGAUGGAACGCAUCCUACGUUUGAACAAUCUACGGCUGAAAUUAAUGCUGGCUUAGAAUAAUAAUAAUUUAUUAUUAUUAAGAAAGAGAGAAUGGAAGAUGUUGUGUUAAAAUAAUGCAUAACUAUAUGAAGUGUUAUCUUGAAUAAAAAAUUUAUUCUAUUCUCCUUUUAA